UAAUAUGACAUGGAAGCUGUUUCAUGUUGUUCUUGUCCAUCACCAGCUUUUACCAACUCGUCAGUCCAUUGCUUCAAUCUGACCACUCCGACUCCAAGAGAUGACAACAUCAGCAAUGUCUGUAACAAAGUGUCCUUGUGCUGUCAUGCAUAAGUAGUGUGUGUGUGUGUGUGUAUUUAGUAUGCAGUAUUACAAACUGCUGCCCUCCCACACCCCUGUGUAUGAGAUCCAGAGGGACAAGCUGGCCACUCAUAACAGAAGAAAGACACCAACUACUCACAUCACACAGCUACACAACCAAGAAGUAUCUUCAUCAUCAUCACAAGGUCUGUGGACAUCUGACGGCUUGAUUACUGAUUGAAAACAUAUACUCAGAUGUUUCUGAGGAGAAGAAGGGACUCAUCUCAGCAACUCAAAAUCACUGGACAUCUUACUGAAUGACUGUGGAAGACCUUUAUUUACAGAGCACUCGACUUUCAGCAACCUCCUUGUGAGAAAGAAAAGAAAAAAUCUAGAUUGAGAUUUUUCUAAGAGACGGGGUUUUUACAUUGAGAGUAUUCCAAGGUUUCCUCCACAACAAUGGCAUCGACAGGUCUUCAGCUACUGGGCUUGGUGUUGGCUGUGCUGGGUUGGGUAUUUGGGGCUUUGGUGUGCGCGGCUCCUCUAUGGCGAGUGUCCGCUUUCGUGGGUGGAGAGCUGGUGAUAGCUCAGAUGGUGUGGGAGGGCCUGUGGAUGAACUGCCUUUCUCAGAGCACAGGCCAGAUCCAGUGCAAGACCUAUGACUCCACUCUGGCCCUGCCUACAUCUGCCCAAGCUGCCCGGGGCCUCACUGUUCUCUCCCUGCUCCUCUGCCUUCUGGCCCUUUUACUCGGGGUGGCAGGAGCCAAGUGUACUCACUGCAUGGGUGACGCUAACCAGGCCUCCAAGGCUCGGCUGACUAGGAUAGCAGGGGUGCUCUUUCUUGUGGCUGGCCUGGCCUACUUGAUGCCCAUUUGUUGGACGGCCUAUGCAAUCAUCAGGGACUUCUAUGAUCCGAAUGUUGCGGCACCUUUAAAGAGAGAGCUGGGCCCGGCGUUGUACCUGGGAUGGGGGGCCUGCGUGCUGCUCCUGGUGGGGGGCGCUCUGCUGCAUGUUGGCUCCUCUCCACCAGGAGGAAGAACGGUGCCUGUUUUCGGAGGAGUAGCCAAGGACAACCCACAUACAGGGACAGCAGGAGAGGGGAAGCAGCAGGAAAAAUCUUUUGUAUGAGAUCAUUUUAUUGUACAAAAGAAAAAAAAACACAGUUUAGUUUAGUUUAGUGUAAUUUAGCAUAGCUGAGUUUAUUUGUAAGGGACAAGUACAGAGAAACAUUGACAGCAGCAGAAGCAGUGUCCAAUGUACUGUACUGUACUGUACAUGUAUAUAGCUAAAACUAAUUUCCAAAACUAGUCUGAUGGGCAAUGAUAUGUCAGGCAACCAAUAAAAUUACAUUUGUUUUAGUUUUAAAUCUUCAAAUCAGUUCAUAACAGACAUCAGACAAGCUUCUGCAAACUGCAGUCACAAUCUAUUCGAGGAUAUUACACUGUGUUUUAUAUCUUAUGAAACAGGCUUAGUAUAUCUAUCUUUAAGUUAUAAUCCGGAUUUCAUUCUAUGUUUGUAAAUUAUGGUUUUACAUUCAUUAAUAAAUGUACUCAAUGAACUACACAGCAAAGGGUUUCUAAUAGAAUUUACAUUAUUUAAUAGCUCUCUGUCAGAGUGGGAGUUGACAUGAAUUGUGGGAGGAUUUUAGAUGUUUAGAGGUUUACUAAUGUGUGUGACGUACAUUUCUCACAUUCCACUCUGCCUCUGCUUGUGUUUGUGUGUGUGUGUUUGUACGUGUGUGUGGGUGGUCUGUGUACAGAAGGCCAGUGUACAUAAUAUAUCUGUGUAUGCUGGUGUGUUCACUGAAAAUUUGUGUGGGAAGUCAGAGCCGGUGCUUAUUUAUUUACUUUUUGUGAAUGCUUUGGAGUAUUUGAGGUUUCCCAAGCAAAUUAUUUUUUAUUUAUUCUUUUUCAUUUAUUUUUUCAUUCUUGUUUACAUUUAUUUUUUUGCCUACAUAUGAGAAAUAAUGUUAUAUUAUUGUUUCCAGUACUAGUGGUUAAUUAAAAACAUUUGUUGCUGAUUUAAACAAAACUACUCUGCUGUCGUGUUCUCUAAAUUUCUAUAUGUACUUCACUAUUUCUCAGUAUUAUAUAAAAGUAGUCUAUCAGUGGUUUAGGAUAAAUAAAAUUGGUUGGCUAUGGUCAAGGUUAGGACUGAAAUGUAGAAAAAUGUUUUAAUAUUUCAUCUUUGUCACCUCACAUUGAUUUAAUAACAUUUCACAGUUUUCAUUAUUCAGUACAUAAGUGUGACGUUGUAUUUUUACACCUUUUCUUUUUUGUAUUGACUGUCUCGUACAAUUUAAAACCAUGUGUGCGCAAUAAAUAUACACGUUUGCAUUCCACUACAACUGUUUUUCUUUACACAUUAGAAUUAAACACAAUAAAUGAGCAUGGUAACACACAAAUAAAUUUUGGGUACAAGGCUAUUGGAAUACUUUUCCAGUUGGAUCCCAAUCCAAUAUUUCACCACUAUGAGUGGUGACUGCAGAUGUAAUACACUUGGGGGCAGUGAACACUAAGUAACUGAUGUGCUCUCGACAUAAACUAUCACAUAUCAUGACACCCACUGCAACGAUUAUUUGCAACGAUUAUACAUGAAGACAACAAGACAGUGUAAACACUUACAGAUAAAGAGCUAUGUAUUUGAAUGAUACUAAUACGGCUACCCCAUCAAUCUAAGUGCCAGUUUGCACCUCUCUCAACCUCUUAUACUGUACAUCUUUCAUUGCAAUGUUAAAUAGAACUGUUUUGCUUUCUUCUAAAAUACAUUGUUGUCUUUCAUCUACCCUUUGGACAUGGCUGAUUGGGUUCACGUUACUAGCAAAUAGUAAAAUUUGACCCAACAAUGUCAUAUGUUUGCUAUUGUGAUCAAUGUAAGCGUGCAUUCAGACAGGAUCAGUGAUUGCGGCAACUCGUAGCAGGGUUGUCCGGUGGUGGUGGUGAUUAACAGCUUUAUCAAGGCCGGUGCUCGCUCUCUCACUGUUGUUCUCCCUCUCUCUCUCUAUCUCUCAAACCAUCGGACACAAAUCAAAUUAAACUUAUUUGUGUCACUAUUUUGCGGCGUACAUUGGAAGUCGUACUCAGAUUUAGAAGCUGGUACAUGAAAUAAACAAAGUCAGAACACACACACAGGUAGAUUAUCAGAGUUUAGUCCAUGAAUCCACCUGGAUAGUCUCUGCUCCAGAGACAUUUCAGGCUGUCUGUGGAGGUUUGACCGAUCUCUGAUUGGCUUGCGGAGAAUGACAUGGGGCUCCAUUUUUCCCAAAGUUGAAUCUGGCUCAACUUCUCUCCCGCACACCGGUGCGUUUUUUUUGCAGCAAUCCCUGCAUUGCGGACUGCCGGUGCGGAAAUGCACAACCCCCACUGAAAUGAAUGGAAAGACCUCAGUUUUUUGCCACGGUGCCUAAUUCUGUCUGAACCCCCGCUAAGGAUUUUAUUGCUUGUCAGUUCAUUUUUCUUGGAAAAGAAUAAACAAGUCUGUAACUUUCCAGAUUAAGGCCAUUGUAAUUUAAAACACUAAAUUUAAACAUCUGUUUUCACUGUGAUGAUAUUCUGUCACCUUUUCUAGAUAAAGUGAGACGACAGAUUUAUUACCAGAUAAUUCAGAAUCAAAUGAUUCACAUAUAGGCCUGAGUCCCAGCAGCUCUAAUAUUCACACACAGGAGAGUUGGGGCCCCCUGGUGGCCUCUCUGCUAAAUACAUAACACUGUCACAACAAAUAUAAUCAACCA